AUGGCGCUCGCGCGUCUCGCGGUGGCGCCGUCGCGCGCGCGGGCGCGACGACGCGCGACGUCGCCUCGAGCGUUAGAUUGCGGAGAACUCGCGUGCGCGAUCGACCCCGCGGGCGCGCGCGCGGUGACGGUGAACGGACGACGCGUCAGCGCGGAGACGCUGCGGGCGGUGGAUGUCGUCGACGUCGAUGGACGACGCAUCGCGCUGGGCGCGCGCGCGACGGGCGCGCCGGCGGUGGUGGUGGUGCUCCACGCGCGGGCGUGCUCCGGGGCGAGAGAGAGGAUCGAACGCGCGGGCGGGACGCUGACGAUGGUGAGCGUCGGCGACGCGGAGGCGUUGGGGACGUUUUUAAGGCUCAAUCCAGAGAUAAAGAGGGAUGAGAUCUUCGUGGACGAUUCGAGCGAUUUCGCGUUGUACAAAGCCGCUGGUUUCGGGCGAUUGGACGAGGCGAAGCCGAGUAAGGAGGACGCGAAGAUGCGCCCGCCCGGCUUUUCGAUGGGCGACUGGUGGAAGUAUUUGAGCAACGUCGCCAAGCUCGCCCCGAUUAAAAAGGGCGAAAAGCUCACGGCCGAGGGUGUCUUGCGUCUCGGCGGUACCUUCGUCUUGGACGGCGAUGACGUCGUCUACGCGUGGGCGGACGCCGUGCCGGGCGCCCAUCCCGACAUCGACGACGUCCUCGAAACCGUCGGCGUCUGA